GCGGUGACUCAGUCACAGAAAAACAAACGACUCUUCCCGUCUCACCUACACAUAACCAGUCUCGCCAGCGGACCGGAUCAGCAUGUCGGGACCGCGCGCAGUCGUCCCGUCCCUCGAGACGGUCAGGUCCGUCCUCUCCGCCCCGGUCGCGACGAACAGCACCAAGAAGCCGACCCUCGUCCCCGUCUACCGCCAGAUCUCCUCCGACCUCAUCACCCCGUCCGCCGCCUAUCUCAAGGUCUCCGCCCACUACAAGGACUCGGACUACUCCUUCCUCUUCGAGAGCGCCGCCACCGAACGCGUUGGCCGCUACAGCUUCGUCGGUGCCGGCCCCCGGAAGCUGCUCGCCACUGGCCCCGGCUAUGGCCCGGAGUGCGACCCUCUGCCGGCCCUCGAGGCCGAGCUGGCGCAGCACGUCGUCGCCCACGUCCCCGGCUUGCAGCUCCCGCCCAUGGCCGGCGGCGCCAUUGGAUACGUCGGCUACGACUGCGUGCGGUACUUCGAGCCCAAGACAGCGCGGCCGAUGAAGGAUGUCCUCCAGAUCCCUGAGUCGCUGUUCAUGCUCUUCGACACCAUCGUGGCAUUUGAUCGCUUCUACGGCGUCAUCAAGGUCAUCACCUACCUCCACGUCCCCGAGGACGCCUCCCAGCUCGAGGCCGAGUACCAGAAGGCGAUAAAGGUCAUUGACGAGCUCGUGGUCGUUCUCAACGCCCCAGAGAUCCCGAUCCCCGAGCAGAAACCUAUCCAGCUCAACCAGGAGUACACGUCCAACGUCGGCCAGAAGGGCUACGAGAACCACGUCACGGAGCUGAAGAAGCACAUCGUCAAGGGCGACAUCAUCCAGGCCGUGCCCUCGCAGCGCUUCGCCCGCCCGACGAGCCUGCACCCCUUCAACAUCUACCGUCACCUGCGGACGGUGAACCCGUCGCCGUAUCUCUUCUACGUCAACUGCAAGGACUUCCAGAUCGUCGGCGCAUCACCCGAGCUGCUCGUCAAGUCCGAGGGCGGGCGCAUCAUCACGCACCCGAUCGCCGGCACCGUCAAGCGUGGCAAGACGCCCGAGGAGGACCAGCAGCUCGCCGACGAGCUCCGCAGCUCCCUCAAGGACCGCGCCGAGCACGUGAUGCUUGUGGACCUCGCGCGCAACGACGUCAACCGCGUCGGCGACCCGUACACAGUCCGCGUGGACCACCUCAUGGUCGUCGAGAAGUUCAGCCACGUCCAGCACCUCGUCUCGCAAGUCUCGGGCGUCUUGCGCCCGGGCCAGACGCGUUUCGACGCCUUCCGGAGCAUCUUCCCCGCCGGUACCGUCUCGGGCGCGCCCAAGGUGCGCGCGAUGGAGUUGAUCGCAGAGCUGGAGAAGGAGAAGAGGGGCAUCUAUGCCGGCGCGGUCGGGUACUUUGGAUACGGCGGCCUCGAUGAGAAGGGCCAGGAGGUUGAGGGCGCUAUGGACACGUGUAUUGCGCUGCGGACGAUGCUCGUCAAGGAUGGCGUGGCGUAUCUGCAAGCUGGUGGUGGUAUCGUAUUUGACUCUGACGAGUACGACGAGUGGAUGGAGACGAUGAACAAGCUCGGGGCCAAUAUGCAGUGCAUAACGACGGCGGAGGAGCUUUAUUAUGAGCAACAGCAGGCAGCGGGUAAAUGAUGAUAGAGAAAAGUUCAUAUUUCCAACGUUUUAAAUUUGAUACCUCGAAAUCUAGUUGGUCCUUGCGCCGAUUGACGGGAACGAGGAAACGGAUAGGCCGUUUCAACUCAUGAGUCUACCAAGCUCACAGCGUGUAAGCGGCUUUGUGAGGAUAUCCUAGCGUGGCUACUCCAUUCACAGUUUUCCUCCAAGAUCUUAUGAUUGGGUAUACCCAUUCGGAAGCACCAAGCCUUGCCGGCUACACCUCUCGAGGCUGAUUAUAUGUGUUCAUCUUUACUCAUUACUAAUAUGGGUGGACGGGAGUCUCAGACCCCUUGGUCGUCACACCCGCCAGACUACUCAACUGUGUUCCCCAGAACCCCAGAAGAGACCGUCGUUAGUUCAUUACUAUGAUAUACAUUAUACGCAUGACCAUGCUGCUUUAUGCUUUUACAAACAUGUUGUAUGAGGGUAUGAAAACCGACCCGACACCG